AUGCUCGUCCCAACCAGUAUGCUCCUCUGGAGCAUCGUAAUCGCACUGCUGCUCUACCGGUGGUUUCGGUCGACCGGUAAGAAGCCGAAUAAUUUCCCACCCGGUCCAGCAUACAGUAUUCCGUUCCUGGGCGACUACGGUUGGAUGCUGUUGAUUAACGGUCAACAUCUGCACAAGGCGGCCAUCAGUCUGGGUGAUUUCUAUCGUACCAAAAUCCUGGGAAUUUCGCUCAGAGACUUCCCGUCGGUCGUGGUAAACGAUCUAAGUGUGGCCCGCGAAGUGUUGAACCGCAAGGAGUUCGACGGUCGGCCCGAUCUGUAUCUGGCGCGUCUGCGCGACAAACAGUUUAACCUGCGGGGCAUAUUCUUUACCGACGGCCCGGCCUGGAAGGAACAACGAUGGUUCAUCCUGCGCUAUCUGCGUGAUUUCGGAUUUGGUCGACGGUUUCCGGAACACGAGGCCGAAGUGAACAGUGAACUGUUGGGCCUGAUCGAUAUGCUCAAGUAUGGGCCAAAGUACGAGCACGAGAAAACGAUCAUGAAAGAUGGUUAUGUGAAGUGUCCGAAUGUGCUGUUUGCUUCAUUUGCGAACUCCUUCCUGCAGAUUGUUUGUGGCGAACGGUUUCCGCGGGAGGAAUGCGGUCCAUUGCUUGAGACUGGAUCCAAUGCAAUGCUUUUCCAAAGAAAUGGCGACGACUACGGUACGUUGAUAAGCUUCUAUCCGUGGCUACGGCAUGUCUAUCCAUUCUCGCGCAAGUACAAAACGUUGCGUGAUGCUAGCCUCCGCAUCAAUGAUUUUAUACAGUCGAUCAUCGAAAAGUACCUCCAUACGUUCGACCCGAACCAUGUACGCUGCUUCCUGGAUCUGUACUUUAGAGAAAUGGAAAAGUGUACCCCGCAGGAACAGAGCUUCACCUUCCAGAUUGAUCAGCUUGUGCUUGGAGUGGUUGACUUCUUUUUCCCCGCCAUAUCGGGCGCAACGACACAAUUGGCGCUGCUCUUCGAGCGGCUGUUGCACAAUCCGCACGUGAUAAAGCGGAUGCAGCAGGAAAUCGACGACGUUGUUGGUCAUGGCCGAUUGCCGACACUGGACGAUCGCAUCCAGUUGCCGUUCACCGAAGCUACCCUACGGGAGAGCCUGCGCAUCGAUACACUGGUACCGUCGGGGAUUGCACAUCGCGUGCAAGAGGACACCAAGCUGCGGGGGUACGACUUACCAAAAGACACAUUUGUGCUGAUCGGUAUGGACGCGAUGCACAACCAGAAAGAAUAUUGGGGUGAUCCGGAGUGCUUCCGACCGGACCGUUUUCUCGAUUCCAAUGGAAAGCUCAGUCUGGCGAAGGACGCUUCGCUGCCAUUCGGUGCCGGCAAGCGCCUGUGCGCCGGUGAAACAUUCGCACGGAACAUCAUGUUCCUAGCACUGUCGGCUCUGAUGCAGAACUUCAACAUACGGCAGCCACCGUCGGAUCGGUUGCCCGAUCUUACCGAUCGCAUAACCGGGGUCAUCGUAUCGCCGAAAGAUUUUUGGCUGCGAUUUGAGCCGCGAUAA